GGAAUUAGAGAGUUUCCUGACGACUCUGCUGCUAAAAAUAGAGCAGUGACUUGGUUCGGUCAGCAACCUAGUGCUGAUCUACCGCGGCUGCCAAGACGUGAGCUUGUUACUGUAGGGGCCUUUAAAGAUCUAAAAGCAGCAUGGAUCUGCCUGUGGAUGAGUGGAAAUCAUACUUACUUCAGAAGUGGUCUUUACUCCCAACAUCCAUUCAGUUCACAAUUUCUACAGCAGAGACUUUGAGGGAUAUCUUUCUUCAGUCCUCUUCACUUCUUCAACCUGAGGAUGAGAUGUUUUUAAAAAGACUUUCUGGAGGUUACUUGGUGGAUAAGGACCCUGAAGCUCCCCUUUUCUACAGAGAAGAAGGAAACAAAAAAUUUCAGGAGAAAGAUUAUACAGGAGCUGCAGUGCUCUACUCUAAGGGAGUUUCCCACUCAAGGCCUCACACUGAGGACAUUUCACUGUGUUAUGCUAAUCGCUCUGCAGCCCUCUUCCACCUGGGUCAGUAUGAGACAUGUCUUAACGACAUUAUCAGAGCACAGCUGCAUGGCUAUCCAGAAAGAUUACAACCCAAGAUAAUGUUGCGUAAAGCAGAAUGUCUGGUGACCCUGGGGAGACUACAGGAGGCAACCCAGACCAUCAGUGAUCUUGAAAGUAUUAAUAACUUCACUGUCAAACCAACCCUAGUGGAUUCCCGCUUUCAGAUUCUACAGAAAAACCUGUGUCAUCUGAAAAUGAAGAUACAAGAAAAGAAAAAUCUCACAGAAAUCCUCCCAGCAGCUCUACCCAAAGCCUUUGAGGACAUGGACCUAAGGGAAGAGAAUGAACAAAUUUCCAGUGCAUCGUCAUCUGUCACCUUAUGCACUGACCCUUUAAAAGGCCGCUAUCUGAUUGCCACAAGAGAUAUUCUCCCAGGAGAGCUCCUGGUGAAAGAGGAUGCUUUUGUGAGUGUCCUUAAUCCAGGAGAAAUGCAACCACUGCAUCACGGCUUAGAGAGCAAGUGGAGAACCAGAGUCACCAAUGGGGACCUCUAUUGUCACCGAUGUUUGAGGCACACUUUGGCCACAGUUCCUUGUGAUGGAUGCAGCUAUGUGAAGUAUUGCAGCCAAGAGUGUCUGCAGCAGGCCUGGGAGCUCUACCAUAGUAUAGAGUGUUCCUUAGGGGGGCUGCUUCUCACACUGGGUGUCUUUUGCCACAUUGCCCUGAGGUUGACUCUAUUAGCUAGAUUUGAGGAUGUAGGCAAAAUCAUAAGGAAGCUUCGUGAUGAGACUAGUCUCAAGGACAUCUGUUCACCUGAAAGCAAGAAUCUGGUCAAGAUACUUAAUUAUGACUUGGGGGCAAAUGAAGAAAAUGGCGAAAUAGUUCAGACCCCAAUUCCUGGAUGUGAUAUUAGUGGGAAGUAUGAGAAUAAUUAUAACGCUGUCUUCAACCUUUUGCCCCAUACUGAAAACCACAGCCCAGAGCACAAAUUUCUCUGUGCUCUGAGUGUUUCUGCACUGUGCAGGCAGCUAGAAGCAGCCAGUUUACGGCCACUCACAACAGGUCUGAAAUCCUCUAAGCUGAAAGCAGCAGCAGCUCCAGAGUUCUGUCCAGAUUUGGAUAUUUGGGGAGUGGCCAUGCUGCGACACAUGUUACAGCUGCAGUGCAAUGCCCAGGCAAUAACUACCAUACAGCAGACAGGAUCUGAAGAGAACAUCAUUACCAACAGUAGGCAGGUGCGCCUUGCCACAGGCGUCUUCCCUGUUGUCAGCCUCCUGAACCACUCCUGCAGCCCCAACACCAGCAUAUCCUUCUGUAGCACUGUCGCCACCAUUCGGGCAUCUCAGCAGAUUGGAAAAGGGCAAGAGAUUCUCCACUGCUAUGGGCCUCAUGAGAGCCGGAUGGGUGUGGCCAAAAGGCAACAGAAGCUGAGGUCUCAAUAUUUCUUUGACUGCAACUGUCCAGCUUGUCAAACUGAGGCGCACAGAGUGGCUGCAGGGCCCAGGUGGGAAGCAUUCUGUUGUAACAGAUGCAGAACACCCAUGCAGGGAGAUGACAUGCUGAGCUGUGGCAACAGAUCUUGCACAGAAUCCAUCAGCAGGGACCACCUAGUUUCUCAGUUACAGGACCUUCAACAGGCGGUUGAAAUGGCCCGGAAGCUUCUCAGAAAUGGUGAACUAGUACAUCUGUUCAGGUUUGCAGUACCCGAAGCUCUGAACACAAUACAGAAGGCAGAAAAAGUUCUGUUGGUGCACUAUGGCCCUUGGAAUGAUGAGAUCCAGGAGCUCCAAAAGAUGAAAUCCUGUUUAAUAGACUUGCCACCCAUCCCUGUGAGACCUUCAAUGUAGGAAGCCAAGGGGACUUCAGCCCCCAGGAAAGAAGCUCAUAGAAGAUGAGUUAAAGAAAUUCUGCCUCUGCUAAGCUGUCCUCAGGAAAGACAGGAUUUCCCGACAGUCCCGAGCCUAGGAUAUAAGGGGCAGGCAGGACUCUGAAAGCAUUGCAGUUGGAGAGAGACACUCGCCUGUUUUGAUGAAUGUUUCCUAAAAUAGUUAACUGUCCUCCAGUAAAAACUCCCAGUUCCCAGAAAAGACUUAAAACUAGUAUCUGGAGAGUCCAAGUCCUUUAAAAGAAUUUUAGCUGAUCUGCAGGCUUCUGCAUGUUAGCCUGGGGUUUUGGUUAGAUUCCACCUCCAAAUGAUGAUAGCCUGUUUCCCUGGAACAUUCCUAUGGUUUCUAGUCAUAAUGAAAUGUUGUAUACCACUCCAGUGGGAACUUAAACUCUUAGUAGUAGUAUUGUAAUUGAAAAAUAAUUAUAAAGCAAGAAAUCAGUAAGCCUGCUUACCUCUGGAGACACACUUAUGGUAUCUAGCUUCUGCAAAUCCUUUGUUAGGACUAAUGGAGUAUAAACUGUGAAUAGGGAAAUAAAUGUGGAGCCAUUUUAUUGUUGAGCAAUUUCUUCCUGGAAUGACAACUUUGAAUUUUCUAACAGUUUUCCAGUUUUUAUUCUCUGGCUUUCCUUGUAUACUCUUAACAGACUCACCGACCAAACACUAAUAAAAUCAAACU